AUGCAGUUGUGGAGAAGGAGGCCCCUUUGGCUGGCACUCUCUGCCUCCUGGCUCUUCCUUAUCUUCCUGGGGGGUCCCCCACUUCUCCGCCUGGCAGUGCCCCCCAGGCUUCCAUCAGGGGUUCCUCAAAGCUGGCCUCGCUGGCUGGAUACAGAGCUCCUGCAGAGCUUCUCUCAGCCUGGGGAACCCCCAGAAGAUGCUCCUCGAUCUUCUCAAACUCCCUGUGGCAUUGGCUGCAACUGGGGAGCCUGUUUCAACACUUCCUGGUGCAGGGGUAGUGGCCUCAAGGUAUUCGUGUACCCCGCAGCUGGACCAAUUUCUGAAACUCAUCAUCAGAUCCUGGCUUCCAUCGAGGGUUCCCGCUACCACACAUUCAGCCCUGGUGAGGCCUGUCUCUUCCUCUUCCUCAGCCUGGACACUCUGGCUGGAGAGCCCAGUCCAAUGCCUCUGCAGUGGAAUGGGGGUCAAAACCAUCUGGUCCUCAGUCUCCACCCAGCUGCCUGCUCCAAGACCUUCCAACUGGGACAGGCUAUGGUGGCUGAGGCCAGUCCUCUGGUGGACACCUUUCGACCUCGCUUCGAUGUGGCCCUCCCACUUCUCCCUGAAGCCCACCCGUUUCAAGGUGGGGCUCCUGGCCAGCUGCAACAGCACAGUCCCCAUCCUGAGGAGACCCUGCUAGCCCUGGCAGAGGAGAGAGGUGGGUGGCGCACAGCAGACAGCAACUCCUCUGCCUGCUUCUGGGAUGGGAACUGUGAGCAGGACCCUGGACCUGAACAGACCCACCACAUGGUAACGCUGCCCAAGGCCACCUUCUGCCUCAUCCCAGGCCGCUGCACUGAUGCCUUAUGGUUCCUCCAAGCCCUACAGGCUGGCUGCAUCCCUGUGCUUCUCAGCCCCCGAUGGGAGCUGCCCUUCUCUGAGGUCAUCGACUGGACCAAGGCAGCCAUUGUAGCCGACGAGAGACUUCCACGACAGGUCCUGGCUGCCCUACAUGAGAUGUCCCCCACACGGGUGCUUGCUCUGCGUCAGCAGACCCAGUUUCUAUGGGAUGCCUACUUCUCCUCCGUGGAGAAGGUCAUUCACACCACUCUGGAGAUAAUUCAGGACCGGAUUUUUGGAGCUUCUGCUCAUCCCACACUGAUGUGGAACAGCCCUCCAGGAGCACUCCUGACCCUGCCUACUUUUUCUACGAGCCCCCAGGACUUCCCUUUCUACCACCUGCAACAGGGCUCCCAUCCUAUGGGCAAGUUCAGCGCCUUGAUCUGGGUGGGGGGCCCAGGCCAGCCCCCCCUGAAGCUCAUCCAGGCAGUGGCAGACUCCCAGCACUGUGGCCAGAUCUUGAUUCUCUGGAGCAGUGAGAGGCCACCCCCACCCAAGGGGAAGUGGCCCAAGACAGAGGUCCCCUUGACAGUCAUUGAAGGGCCCAGGAAGGCCAGCGAUCGCUUCUUCCCACACAGCACCAUCAACACUGAUGCCAUCCUCAGUCUUGAUGCUCACUGUAUCCUUUCCACAAGUGAGGUGGACUUUGCCUUUGUGGUGUGGCAGAGCUUUCCGGAGCGGAUGGUGGGCUUUCUGACAUGGAACCACUUCUGGGAUGAGGGCCAAGGUGGUUGGGGCUACACUGCUGAGAAGGUCAAUGAAUUCUCCAUGGUUCUCACCACGGCUGCCUUCUAUCAUAGGUAUUACCACACUCUGUUCACCCACUCCCUGCCCCAAACUUUAAGGACGCUGGCAGAUGAGGCACCCACGUGUGUGGAUGUCCUGAUGAACUUCCUGGUAGCAGCAGUAAUCAAGCUGCCCCCUAUCAAGGUGCCCUAUGGGAAGCCGCGCCAGGGGGCCAGACCUCCACUGGCAUCUGGGGGCCCAGGGCAGGAGCCGCAGCCCCCUGACCCAGACUGCAUCAAUUUAAUGGCAGCAGGGUUUGGUCACAUGCCCCUAGUGUCCUCUCGUCUCCGCCUGGACCCGGUGCUCUUCAAAGACCCGGUAUCCGCACUGCGUAAGAAGUACCGCAGCCUGGAAAAACCCUAG